AUGAAUUUACAAAAUGAAAAAAAGAGAAAAGGUGGAGCUGCUCGUUUACGUGACAAAAACAAAAAAAAAUUGAUUGAAACAUCAUCGAAAUGUUAUAAUAUAGAGCAAAUGUUUACAAAAAAAAACGCACUGAUUGCCAACAUUCCUGUUAUAUUACCGACACCAAAUAAUACAGUUUUAGAACCAAAUAAUGAGACUUGUAGUAAUGCAUUUGAAACUAGUAUAAGUAAAGACAAUAAUCUAGAUGAAUAUAGAAAUGAAUCUAAUAUUGAAGAUAAAGAUAUUAUAGAGAAGGUAAUUGAUAUUUCUCUGAAUAAAAAUCAUACUCCGCAGCAACCUAUGUUAAAUUUGUUUCCAAGAAAUCCAGAUAAUAGAUCUUUUAAUGCAAAUUACUAUAAAUUAUAUAACUGGAUUGAAUAUUCUGUGUUAAAUGAUGCAGUGUAUUGUUUUGCAUGUAGACAUUUUUCAACAAAUAAAUGUAUUCGUGGCCAAUAUAGUGGUAACUAUGUAUUCAUCAAUCGAGGAUUUAAUGGUUGGAAAAAACAAUCUGUGUGUUUGAAGAUUCAUAAUGAAAGUGAUAGACACAAGUCCAGCAUUGAAAAAUGGACACUUUAUUUGAGUACUAAACAAAAUGAUAGCUCUACUCUGUAUCUUGCAAAGCAAGGACUUGCAUUCCGUGGCCAUAAUGAAGAAAGAGAGUCCUUAAACAGAGGUAAUUUCAUUGAACUAUUAGAGACAUUUGGAGACAAGAACACAAUAUUAAAAAUGCAAUCAAGGUACGGUCAUUAUACAUCCCACGAAUACCAAAAUGAUUUAAUAAGUGUUAUUGCUUCAUCUACAAAAAAUAUAAUUUUAAAUAACAUGUCUGAGUUUUCUGCAUUUAGUAUCUUAGUUGAUGAAACAAAAGAUGCGAGUAAAAAAGAGCAACUGAGUUUCUUGAUCAGAUUUAUUGAUAAAAACUAUAAUAUUCAAGAAAAAGCUCUUGGCUGCUAUCAUAUGGAAAAAUGUGACGCAGAUUCAUUAAGUAAAGCUAUAUUAAAAAUUGUUUCGGAAAAUAAAUUAGACAUAAAUAGAUGUGUAGCCCAGUGCUACGAUGGUGCAUCAGUGAUGAGUGGAUCUUUUACAGGUGUACAAAAGAGAAUAGCAGACAUUGUUCCACAAGCUAUAUUUAUACAUUGUUAUGCACAUCGGCUUAACCUAUGUUUGUUAAAUUCAAUUCAAGACAUAAGAUCUGUGGUAAACUUUUUUGAUACUAUUCAAGGUAUUUAUACAUAUUUAAUGAAUAGCCAAACCAGAUAUGAGUUGUUUACUAAAAUUCAAAAGGAUAAAAAAAUCAAGGUAUUACAUUUGGAAAGAUUAGUAGAAACCAGAUGGUCUUAUUGGUAUACCUCGCUACAAAAAAUAAAACAGAGAUACUCAGAAAUUAAAGAAGUUUUGACUAUUUUAACUUUGCAAGGAGAUCAAACAGCUAGAGCCUUCAAAUCAACUAAAAAAGAUCUACAGGGUUUCCGUAAUGAAGAAACAUUCCUUCGAAUUUAUGAUAAGUCAAAAUUAUUUGCUAAAAAAAAUGGAUUAGCUAAUGAUGAAGUAAGAAACACAAGAUUAAAAAGAAAUUGUACAUUGAAUAAAAAUUUAGAUGACUACUUAGUGGAUUCUACAUUGGGAAAAACUCAAAACAUAAAUACUACACAAAAUGUAAAAAGCGAAGUUUUCUAUGCUAUUAUUGACAGAUCUUCAAUGGGUGACAAACGAUUAAGCGAUUUAAUGGUCAUAGCGGUAGAAAAAGAAGAUGCUAACAAAAUAGAUUUAGACAAAGCAGUAGAUGUAUUUUCUAAACUAAAAACUAGAAGGUAUAAGCUAGAAUAG